UUGAAGUUCUAGGUUCUGAGGUCUAGCUUCUCUCAAAUAAGGCCGGGCUAUAAAUAAAGUAUGGAAUUUACAAUAGCGCAUGUAUCACUGACACUAAACUUUUUUUUUUGUUGCAUUACAUCUAAAGGAAUGGCCUGUUCGAUAGCUACUGGUAUAUAUGGAAUUUCAACGUUCUCGGUUUAGGAGUUGGGCAGAAAUAUUUCGAGGGAAUAUAAAGCAGAUUAGUCGUCUUUUAAGCAUGCUUACACGAAAAACUCUCAAUAUGUGCAUAGGAUAUCCUCAAGCCAGCCAUUUAGGGUAUACGGUAGGUACCCACAGGGCUGGGAUACACUGGCAAGAAAUUUAUAGUGAGGCACCUAGCGGAAAACAUGGCUACGAUAAUAUUACCGAAACAUUAGAGUCUCACAGAGCAUGGUUCCAACAAAGACUGAGACUCUCGCUGCAACCCAAAAGGAUGGCAUGGGCUAGUUGACGGUUUCGGAAACUCAGCUGAUAGAUCGGAUUGUACAUGGCCAAGGUAUUUAGAGUCGCAGUCCAUUUUGGGUGAAGGGGGUUUCUGCAGGAGGCCGUUUAGGGUGCUGCUAGUCGUUAGCGACCAGGUACAG